GUGUAGUGUGGCUUUGGAUAGAUAGUAAAUCGAAUGUCUGAAGCUUUGCCAUAAGAAGGAAUAAAAAUAGAACCAUCCCAUUCGGAUCUCACACGUGUUCUGAGGCAGGUUCUGCCACAAACGAGGGCUCUGACCGUACUUCGAAACGCCCCAGGAAGCUAUCGAAUGGGAUAAGGUGAGGUGGCUGGCAAGCGUCCUGGACUCAACAUUUCAUAAUCUUUCUUGUUGCCCGCUAGCUUCAAAAAAUGAUUGCAACCGUGAAACAGUUUCACGACGACUUUGAUCGCAUCGUGCUCCACAAGGACGUUUACCGGACGUUCUUUUACUAUUACCUGCAAGAGAUUCGCUACCGCAUCAUACAGAUUUUGAUGAAUUUCGCCCAAAUCGAGUGGUGCGAACCGAAGCCGGCUACCGUCGCGACCGAUCCGUACGGAUUCCCAAUGCCCGAACCGGCCAAGAAGAGCAAAAAGAAAAAGAACGAAGCCGAACCGGAGCAGAUCCCGGACUAUACGAUCCGCGUCAAGGGGUACAAGGAGAAGUUUCCGCUGGUGUGCUGUGACGAUCAGUUUCGGACGCUGGCCGCACUUAGGUUGCACUACUAUGCGGUACACGACAAGACCUACCUAAUGGUGGCCAACACGUGUGAGAUGAAAGCGGCCCUGCUGCGAAUGGUAGUGUUUCGCCGGCUGCUGGAUGAAUGGAUCCGAUCGGGGCUUGCGUCGAACAAUGGGCUUUGUUUCUAUUUGACCAAAAUUCUUCGCCGGAUUAUAUCUAUCAUACGGUACUAGGAGAAGAAAUUGCAGCAAAACAAUCGAGAUAUAUGUUAUUAAACAUUUAUUGAGAGUAUAAUAAACUGUGAAGCAUAAGGUAACGAAAUUAAGGUAAAAUAAAGCGCCAAUUUAAAACUCUAA